AUGUAUUCUACACUGAAUGAAGCGUUAAUAGCACCAUCAUAUCUCAUCAUUUCUGCUAUUUUCAUUUGGGCAGUUAUCGUUUGUUCCAAGAGAAAAGAGCUAGCUGUUGAACCGACACAGCCAUCUCUGAGAGAAAAUUCAAAAAUUAGUGUAUUCAAUAGGGACGGUGAAACGGACAUUGAAAUGCCUUCACAUUCACACAAAGUAAAAGAACUUGAAAAGAACAGGAAAUCAGAUGAAAGAGAAUCAAGCAAAAUGAAGAAACUCGAUGGCAAGGGUGAUCCGAACUCUAAUGAAUCUGAGAAACGUCAUCCACAUUCUGGCAAAGAGACAAAAAAUGACAGUCAAGAUAGACAGAUGAAAGGUAAAGAUUAA